CCCAAGAGGCAAGGACCACAGCGUCUGGCGCGGGCAAGGUCGCUGGGACGGUGGCAAUGGAAACGAGCGGUACUGUGCAUGCCGGGCAUCUUGCGACUGGAGCUGUCUCCAGCAAGUGAGAUGACGAAGAAGAGACGACGAUAUUGAUGCUGAUGCUGCGAUAGACUGUUGAUGAACUUAAACCUUGAGCUUUGAUAGCAACGACGACGACGACACCCUGAAUCCACUUCCUACUUGCUACAUCCUACUAAUACUGAGUAUUUGCAGCAGGCUCUGCUUUUUGGCUUACUCUCUCUGCACAGAUGACCAUCAAGACGAGGCACAGACGCACUCGCUCCUUCUACGCGGCAUCGCCCAGUCCCGCACCGCGAACAGUAUUGUACUCCGGCAAGAGACUACCUGUCUCCCAGCAACGUGCUUCCCUGAAGCCGCGCAUACGCAAAGCUCAUGCAUCUGCAAAACCGAGGCCAUGCGCUCCGCAAGAGACACUGCCCAGACGUCAAUCAGGCGCAUACAAGCAGAUCAAGAAGCGCAGACUAGAUAGAGCCAUGCGAUGGUUUCCUUGCUUCUCACCAACUGUUGUUCCUUCGCCGCCCAUGAGACAGAAGGAUAUCUUCCUCAUGCUUGCUCGUCGCGUGACGGGACCAGACUAUACUGGAGCUCUUGAUGCUGACCAGACACUCUUGUCGCUAUGUGCCGCUCUGAGCAGACUCUCGAAGGAGCAUGCAGCUGACUCGUCAGCAGGAAGUUUUGGAACGAUAGAACUGGCAAGGAUGGUGGCUGCCUUGGCGAGAACCUCGGUGCAUGAAGCAGAUCAGCGCUUUGAUAUGCGAACAGUGCCAUUCAACCCAGAGCCAGAUGUUGAGAUGCUGGAUGAAGUCUCAUACAGAGAGGCAAUUCAACGACUGUCUGUACAGCUCAGAGAACUCGAACAAGUCUCUGCUGAAGUACUUGGUUCGCCUCCUAUGGUCACCUUUCGCUCAUUACCGAUUGACCUGCGUCCACCGCCUCCAAGGCUAGAUCUGAGGCGCACACGGAGUCUGCCCGCGUUGCCAGAUAUCCUGGAUGAUUCACUCGAAGAAGCCGUUGAACGCUGGGCACAAACCUUGACACAAUCCCCUGUCUCGGUUGAGAAGCCAGCUGUGGGUAUUGCCUUUGAACGGUCGUGCAUGCGCUCGACACAUCUCAGGCAGAGCGUACUGGAUCCAAUUUUGGAGGAAGACCUUCCAUGUGACUCGCCGCCGUCGCCACCGCCCAAUCUCGUCAAAAGUGUAGCUGUUGCGGUUGAUGGUCCCGCAGCUAGAAUGGAAACAGGACUGGCCACGCUCGAAGAUGCUCUAAUUCCACUCAACAGGCUCAUCUCGUACAGACAGCUCGAAACGAAAUGCAACAAGCCAAAUCUCAAAGCAGGCCGACCAACACUCAAGACGCCAUCAAGAGUUGCAAUUGCGGAACGUGCACGGCGCAGAAGAGCAAGACGGUUCGAAGCGGCAGAGGCCGAGAAGAAAGAACGCAUUUUGGACGGCAGUCUUGUCGAAAGUGAAACGGUGGCAAAAGCGAUUGAUGGUACAAGGCCGCUACAAAUGAGCAAGCCACGCCUCCUGACAAGCGCCCGAUUAGAUGAUGAUCUGCCGCCUUUGCCGAUGUCACCAGGUACACCCCGGGUCCCACAAAAGCGACUAGCAAGCUUUGAGCAUGACUGUGUGCCGCAAACAGUGUUACCGUCGUCUUCGGUUCGCAGCCUACAUGACAGUAGUAGCAUCCAACUGCGUUCGCCACCUUUGCUGGCCUCUACUUGGAAUCGCUCAACGCUUAGUCACUGCACACCCACGAAGAGCAUCGACUGUGCAAGAAGCGAGAAGCGCCGUCGGCGACAAGGUGUGUUCCUCGACACUGCUGCAUUCCAGCCCCUUCAACUUGCCUUUUUGGGCUCCAUUGGACGCGACAGUCGGCAACCUUCAGUCGUCUUCUGAGGGCAACAUAUUUCAAUACCAAAUUGUAGUCUUUCAUUUCUUAAGAUUCGUCAUCAAUGACUUUCCAGGCUGCCUGUGCUUUUGCAUUUCUCGCCUUGGCCUUGCGUUGAUUUUCUCUCUGGUUGGCAAGUCGCUGCGUAUGUGAGCGAUGCGUCCAUCUAGAUAAUGAAUGGGAAUAUGCUCACCUCAGCACGUAGACAGAGCGUCAGGGCUUCCUUGUGUUCAUUGCAUGCCCCACCGAAUUUGGCCCAGAGACCUGCUUUAUGGCAUUCUUCGAGAGCAAGAAUGAGGUCGUAGCAGCCUGGAUGCUUGUGCUC